UCCCUCUCCUUUUCUCAGGAGAAAAACCACUACAGCUCAACAUACACAUAGCCUUCUCAAAGACCAAUUUUCGAAAUCCUUUCUUUGUCUUCUUCUCCCAACGAUACUCGUCAGGUCAUCUCCAAACAGAAAAAAAUGGCCAACCCAAGAUUCAAAAACAUGUCUUCACUCAUCAAAACACUCAUCUUCCUAGCUUUGAUUGCCCCCCAAGUGAAUGCUCUAAUGCCAUACACAAGAUCCCUAUGGGACAUGAUGCUUCCAUCGGAAGACCCAUUCAGAAUUCUUGAACAAUCCCCACUUGCAAUCCCCAAAGGAGUUGAAUCUCUGGCACUAGCAAGGGCAGAUUGGAAAGAAACACCAACAUCCCAUGUAAUCUCCAUGGACAUUCCAGGGAUCAAGAAGGAUGGUGUGAAAAUUGAGGUGGAAGAGAACAGGGUCUUGAGAGUAAGUGGUGAGAGGAAAGGAGAACAAGAAGUUGAAGGAGAGAAAUGGCACAGAGCUGAAAGGAUUAAUGGCAAAUUUUGGAGGCAGUUUCGGCUACCGAACAAUGCAGAUUUAGAACAUAUUAAGGCACAUCUUGAAGAUGGGGUGCUGAAGGUUACUGUGCCUAAGUUUGCUGAGCAGCAGAAGAAACAAGCUAAGGUUAUUGAAAUUGCUGAGCAGGGAUCUUCUGGUCAGGAUAUUAAGGCUACAAAGGCUGAGAUGUGAUUUUGAUAUGGUUACUUGAGAGUAUGUAUGAUGUGUAUUGAGGAGUUUGUGAUGAGUUUGAUCUUGAUCUUUGUUUUAAUAAGAUUGAAGAUGAAAAGUUUGUCGCUAUCGUUUGGAAAUUCGUCGCAAGUAUUUCCCACGGAAAUUCGUCGUUGAGUCUGUUUUUUUAAUUAAAUCAAUGGUAAUUUCCUCUAGCUGUGUUCGUCUAUUUUAGUCAAUUUAAUAAGAUGUUAGCAGUAUUUGAUUUUAAUUUUUAAAAA